AUGAGCAUCAAGGCGUCGAUGAAAGGCAACUUCAGCUCAAGUUGUCUCAUUAGUUCAUCAAACUUGGCCUUGUGUGCUUCCAACAGUUGUUUCUUGAACCUUCCUGGAAAGGGUAGAGGGGGUUUGUAUGGUGGUGGUCCUGAUGGAGUGUCUUUCUUCUUUGCAACAGGUUUAGUUGGUUGGCUGGAGCUUGCUUUGUCUGUUCUUUCUCAGCUCGAUCGAGCUCUGGUUUGUCUUGCUGAGUCUCGGUUUCUCAGCUCGAUCGAGCUCUGGUUCAGGGUUUUGUUCCAGCUCGAUCGAGUUCGGGUCGAGUUAUCAUCAGACUCGACUAAAUCCUCCCCUUCCUCGUCAUCGAUGUCCACAGCGAUUUGGGGUGGGCUACCUCUACUUGGGAAUUGUCGCCCACUUCUUAGUGUAACUGCUUGGGCAUACUCUUGUGGUGAAGAGGAUGAUGCACUUGAAGACUCAAUGAUUUGGACUCUUGAAGUCAAUGACUCAGUUUGGAGUGUAUCUCAACCAGCUUGUUGUUCAUUUCCAGAGAACCUUUGGCUUGCCCUUGUAGGAGUUGUUGGAGCAUUUCCUUCAUAUCCCAAUCUUGACUUGGUUGGGUAUGAGUAG